AGCCGGGGGCGGGGCCGCCUGGGGGAUGAAGUGGGGGCGCUCGACUCGUCAACCUCACUCACAGCUGCCGGGCGGCGGGGAGAGCGUCCUUCGCCUCUGGACCGGCGUGCAGACCUCUGACCCUGGAGUCUCUCGGCCGCCGGGAACCGUCCUCUUGGGUCGUCGCCCGGGCCGCCCGCCGUUUCCCGGCCCCGAGGGGCCCGGCCGGCCGCGGCGGGGGGAGAGGUCAGCAUGAGCCCGGGGGUCCGGCGGGCCGGCGCAGGGCAGGGGGCAGCUGCCGCGGUGCAGCUUCUCAUCACCCUGAGCUUCCUCCCGAGCGUCGUCGAGGCCCAGGUCACCGGAGUCUUGGAUGACUGCUUGUGUGACAUUGAUAGCAUCGAUAACUUCAACACCUUCAAAAUCUUCCCCAAAAUAAAGAAGCUGCAAGAACGAGACUAUUUUCGUUAUUACAAGGUUAACCUGAAACGACCGUGUCCUUUCUGGGCAGAAGAUGGCCAUUGUUCAAUAAAAGACUGUCAUGUGGAGCCUUGUCCAGAGAGUAAAAUUCCAGUUGGAAUUAAAGCUGGAAAUUCUAAUAAGUACUCAAAAGUGGCAAAUAGUACCAAAGAAUUAGAAGACUGUGAGCAAGCUAGUAAACUGGGAGCAAUUAACAGCACAUUAAGUAAUCAAAGCAAAGAAGCUUUCAUUGACUGGGCAAGAUAUGAUGAUUCACAGGAUCACUUUUGUGAACUUGAUGAUGAGAGAUCUCCAGCUGCUCAGUAUGUAGACCUGCUGCUGAAUCCCGAGCGUUACACCGGCUAUAAAGGGUCCUCUGCAUGGAGAGUGUGGAACAGCAUCUAUGAAGAGAACUGUUUCAAGCCUCGAUCUGUUUAUCGUCCUUUAAAUCCUCUGGCACCCAGCCGAGGAGAAGAUGAUGGAGAAUCAUUCUACACAUGGCUAGAAGGUUUGUGUCUGGAGAAGAGAGUCUUCUAUAAGCUUAUAUCGGGACUUCAUGCUAGUAUUAAUUUACAUCUGUGUGCAAAUUAUCUUUUGGAAGAAACCUGGGGUAAACCUAGCUGGGGACCUAACAUAAAAGAAUUUAAACGCCGAUUCGACCCUGUGGAGACCAAGGGAGAAGGCCCAAGAAGGCUAAAGAAUCUGUACUUCCUAUAUUUAAUUGAGCUUCGAGCUUUAUCAAAAGUGGCCCCAUACUUUGAGCGCUCAAUUGUCGACCUUUACACUGGAAAUGUGCAAGAAGAUGCUGACACAAAAACCCUUCUACUGAAUAUCUUUCAAGAUACAAAGUCCUUUCCCAUGCACUUUGACGAGAAAUCCAUGUUUGCAGGUGACAAAAAGGGGGCCAAGUCGUUAAAGGAGGAGUUCCGGUUACAUUUCAAGAACAUCUCCCGUAUAAUGGACUGCGUGGGAUGCGACAAAUGCAGGUUAUGGGGGAAGCUACAGACUCAGGGUUUAGGAACUGCCCUGAAGAUAUUAUUCUCUGAAAAAGAAAUCCAAAAGCUUCCAGAGAACAGCCCAUCUAAAGGCUUCCAACUCACUCGACAGGAAAUAGUUGCUCUUUUAAAUGCUUUUGGAAGGCUCUCUACAAGUAUAAGAGAGUUACAGAAUUUCAAAGUUUUAUUACAACACAGUAGGGAUACAAGUACUCUCUGGUGGGAAAGGGGGACCUUAAGGUGCCACUGUAUAUAAGCAAGGACAGCUAUUUUGAUCUCCAUCAGCAUUGCCUUCAUCUGGAAAUUUGGGAACAGUUCACAGUAAGCCUCCCAGCAGUUCUGCAAACUGAAGUACCUGCAGAAACCAUAGCUAUUCACCAAAAUACACAGACUGGGUGCAUGGUAUCAUGGAAAUUAUUUGGUAAAACAAAAACAACACAGACACAUACCAGGUUUAUGUGUAUUCUCUUUGAAGUAACAUCUACAGGUGCAGCUUUGAUUUUGAACAGAAUUCCAAAUGAUUUGCUGUUGUACCCACAAGAUUACAGAAAAUGUGAAUUAAAGUAAAUGUUUCUGCAACCUU